AUGAAUUUUCAUUACAAUUAUCAAGACCUAUCACUUAAGCCACAUGAACCAUUUUAUGAUGCUAUAAUAAUAGGCGGUGGCAUCGCAGGCUCGUCUUUUGCAAUAAGGAUAUCCCAGUUAUUUGAUUCUUCAAGAUUAACAUUUAAAAAAAUUUUAAUUAUCGAAGAGAAAUCAAUAACUUAUAAAUUAUUUAAAGUUGGUGAAUCAUUACCUGCUGAGGCCAAGCCAGUGCUUCAAUCUCUAGGAGUUCUUGAAAAAGUGAAUGAUGACACUAUUCAAG